UUGGGGAAGAGAAGGUUAAGGAGUGACAUGAUGGCCAUGUUUCAAUGUUCAUUUCCAUGUUCCACAAAGACUGUGAGGAGGAAAGAAGCCAAGGCCUCCUCCUCCUCCUCAGCGCCAGUCUGGCUCUGGCCUUUCCAUAAGGAGCACUGACAGCAGCUGCCCUCAACAAAGAUGGCUUCCUCUACUGCCAACGAGGCCGAGAAAGGAGGCAUUUGGAGGCUGCCCUCGACAGCAAUGGCCCUGGGCUGGUGGAAGCCGCAAUGGCCCACUAGAAGGUUCCCACGCUGCAGGGAUCAAAGAAGCUUCAGGGUUUGUCUGCUGGUCUCAGGGGCAGCGGUCCUCCUCGGAAUAGUCCUCUAUGCCUGCCAUUAUCUCAGGCCACACAAAUCCAUCAGCUUCACUGAUGCCAAUUUAACCUUUGUCCUCGACUGGGACCUCCAUGAGUACUUCUACCCGCAGCUCCAGCACUACCAGUGCCGAGAACUGGUCUCCCAGGAUGACUUGUGCCAAGGGGAGAUCCCUGGGGGUCCCCCGCUGCUCCUCAUGGCCAUCAAAUCCCACCCGGCGUCCAACAGCCGGAGGGCCAUCCUGCGCCGUACCUGGGCCCAGCCGAGGGUGGCUGGAGGCUUCCGGCUCAAGUACGUCUUCCUGAUGGCCAUCAGCCCUGAUGCCAGGCAUGCCAACCUGGUGCAGCAGGAGACCGAUGCCAUUGGAGACAUCUUGAUGUGGGAUUUUGUGGAGUCGCACCACAACCUGUCCCUCAAAGAGCGCUGUUUCCUGCAGUGGCUCCAGCGGCACUGUCAGCAAGCCGCCUACAUCUUCAAAGGGGAUGACGAUCUCUUUGUAAACAUCGAGGCGCUCACUGAGUACCUCAACCAGACGCCCAGUGUUUCCGAAUUUAUCCAUGGCUACAUCCAGGACUAUUCCAAAGUCGUCAGGCAGGGAAAGUAUGCGGUGCCUCUGGAUUUCUACCCGAUGAGGUGGUACCCCAACUUUGCCUCCGGUGGGGGUUUCAUCAUGUCCCGCUCCUCCAUCUUAAAACUCUACAAAGCAUCACUGGAGCUCCCUGUCUUCCCGCUGGACGACGUUUACCUGGCAUUCCUGGCCUUGGCGAGUGGGCUCCAGUAUUGGCACGAAGAGCGCUUCCGUGUCUGGGGUCCUCCGGAGGAUGAACUGGAGGUGUACCGAGACUCUCUGACGGUCCACGGGAUCUCAAUGGACAGGAUCCAGCAAGUGUGGAAGCAGCUCCAGAGCCCCCUCAAGUGGAAGGAGCCGCCCCCGACCCAGCGCCCCACAAUUAGACUCUUCUCAACCCAAAGUGAGCCCCUGGUGGCCUGCUCUGAUGGCUCCAUGCCUGAGUUUUAACUUUGGCUCCAUCCUUUCCCAGUGUUGGCACAUUAAAAGAGAUUUCCUUGAA